CAUUCUCGCUCCUCCUUCCGGCACAGUGAAGGAGCCACUUAACUGUUGUUGGAGGAGGUUGUCAACCUGUUCUAAACCAAACAUCCUUCUGCUCACAACAUCUGGUCAGCGGUUGGUAGGUUUUUGCAUCGGCUGGGGCACAGGCUGCUCUUGGAAUCCAGGCCAUGACCAGCAGAGGAGCUGCCAGGCCAAAUGGUCAAUCACAAGCCAGCAAGAUCUGUCAGUUCAAGCUAGUACUGCUGGGUGAAUCAGCAGUAGGCAAGUCCAGCCUGGUGCUGCGUUUCGUCAAGGGUCAAUUCCACGAGUACCAGGAGAGCACCAUAGGUGCGGCUUUCCUCACACAGUCGGUAUGCCUAGAUGAUACAACGGUAAAGUUUGAGAUCUGGGACACAGCUGGCCAGGAGAGAUAUCACAGUUUGGCCCCUAUGUACUACCGAGGGGCUCAAGCUGCCAUUGUGGUGUACGACAUAACCAACCAGGAAACAUUUGCACGAGCAAAGACAUGGGUGAAAGAACUCCAGCGGCAAGCUAGUCCCAAUAUUGUCAUAGCCUUAGCGGGAAACAAGGCUGAUCUUGCCAACAAGCGCAUGGUAGAAUAUGAAGAGGCCCAGGCCUAUGCAGAUGAUAACAGUCUGUUGUUUAUGGAGACAUCAGCCAAGACAGCAAUGAAUGUUAAUGAUCUCUUCCUGGCGAUAGCUAAGAAGUUGCCAAAGAGUGAGCCCCAGAGCACAGGUGGUGCCGUUGGUCGGAAUCGAGGCGUGGACCUUCACGAGCAGUCCCAGCAGAACAAGAGCCAGUGUUGUAGCAACUAAAUGGUGGCGCUCAAAGCAGCCAGCGAGAGAUAAGAUAUAACCUCCAUUCCCACCCCACUCCGCCACACCUCACCUCUAAUAACAGCAUCGGCGCGUUUGGAAGCCGGCCCCCUUCCUUCUCCUGAGAGCUCCGUUUAACUGCACUUCUAAUGCUUCAGAAACCACCACCAGACGUCUGUUACCACCACCCCAAGGAAAGUGGAGAUAGACCGACCGGGGACUUAACUUCCAAAAAAACUCUUCUUCACUUUGUAUUAUAGGUGCAAAUAGCUACCUACUUACUUGGAUUCUCCUACUGUUUUCUCCCAGAUAAUAUUCCUCCUUUUGUCUCUCCUCCCCUAUCACCGAUAAAAUGUGUUCUCGGUCCCAUAACCUACUCUCUCCACCUCUACCUCCCUUUCUUUUGUUCAAUGCUGUGUGGGAGGGUCAAAGGUGAGGGGUAACUUAAUUCUUGUAGUUUCGUUUUUAAGAGCAAGGUUAAUGGGUUUCCUCGGGAAAUGGUUUUUGAAGAGGUCCCCUCAGAGUUCAUUUUUAUUUCCUGUGUUCAAUGUUCAGAAAAGCUGCAGUGUCCUUA